UUCAAACAUAUCGAUACAAUUUAAAUUAGUUUACAUUGUAAAGAAUAUAUUAUAUUUGUUAUGAAAUAAUAACUAUCGAAUUCAUAAAAUCUAUUAUAUUGAAUUCGAAAUGUAUUACAAUGAUUGUUUGCAUUUAAUACAGUUUUAAUACAUUUUUUUAAAAUUUCUACAUUCUUCUCCGGUGAAUCACCACCACUAUGCUUCCAUUUUAUCUGGCAAACAAUUAACAACACUGCCAACUCUGGCAAACUCCAGCGAUGUCACUAUCUUCUCCAAUCUUAAGCAAUUGGAAUCCGACAAAAACCAAUCAUUUCAGUCAGAUCUAAGUAAUCCGAUCAGUUUCUAUUUGAUCAGAUCACCGCUGAAGGCUCCUUAACCGGAAUAGAGCUUCAUCGGAGCUUAAAGCAUCGCCGAUUAUCGAAGCUUUGCUAACGAUUGGAGCUUUCCUGACCGACAGUGAGGAGGAAGAUAAUAGGUUAUAAAUGCUAAAAGUAGGCUAUAAUCCGUAAAAAAAUAAAAAUUAUAUUAUGUAAAGUAAAAAAUAAAUUUAAAAAGUUCAUUUCUCUAAUUAUCCUCCAAAAAAAUAUAAGGGCCAUAAAAGGUAUUGCCGUAAUAAAACCCAAAACAAGUGUCCAAUUUUGUUAUUCGAACAUAUAUAUAAACAUGCUCGCAUUACGCCAUCACUCUUUCACUGAAAUUAGGGUUUCUCACACAUUCCCGCAGCGGCACCUCAUCCCCUCCCCCCUCCCCCCCGCCCCCCCCACCCACAUAUAGCAUCAGUUCAAAUCCCUCAUUUCCAACAUGGCCGUGGGCAAGAACAAGAGGAUUUCGAAGGGAAAGAAGGGAGGAAAGAAGAAGGCGGCGGAUCCGUAUGCAAAGAAGGACUGGUAUGACAUCAAGGCACCGUCGGUUUUUGAAGUCAAGAACGUCGGCAAAACACUCGUCACCAGGACUCAGGGUACCAAGAUUGCUUCAGAGGGCUUAAAACAUAGAGUAUUUGAAGUUAGUUUAGCUGAUCUUCAGAAGGAUGAAGAUCAGGCUUUUAGGAAGAUCCGAUUGAGAGCGGAAGAUGUGCAAGGGAGGAAUGUCCUCACAAACUUCUAUGGAAUGGACUUCACUACGGACAAGUUGAGGUCCCUGGUCCGCAAAUGGCAGACUUUGAUUGAGGCUCAUGUGGAUGUCAAGACCACCGACAGCUAUACUCUCAGGAUGUUCUGCAUUGCUUUUACAAAGAAGCGUCCAAACCAGCAGAAGCGUACCUGUUAUGCUCAGAGCAGCCAGAUCCGUCAGAUCCGUAGAAAGAUGGUUGAGAUCAUGAGGACCCAAGCAAGUUCCUGUGACUUGAAGGAUUUGGUUGCCAAAUUCAUCCCUGAAUCAAUUGGCAGGGAGAUUGAGAAGGCAACUUCCAGCAUCUUCCCCCUACAAAAUGUUUAUAUCCGAAAGGUCAAGAUCCUCAAGGCCCCUAAAUUUGAUCUUGGCAAGCUGAUGGAGGUUCAUGGUGACUAUUCAGAGGAUGUUGGUGUGAAGAUGGAUCGGCCAGCUGAUGAGACGGUAGCUGAGGCAGAAGCAGAGGUCCCUGGAGCUUAGACUCUGAAUAUGUGAUUCAAUAUGGUGGUGGUAGUCUUUAGAGCAUCACAUUGUUUAAGUUGAGUUUUGUUGUGACAUCUAAAAAUUUUGCAUCAGGUUCUUUGCCUAUGUUAUAUUCAUACAUCAUCAUAGACCAAGAUAUGGAUUUUGCAGCUGUUUUAUUAUCUAUUCCUGUCCCGUUUGUUGAAUUAUGUCACUGUGAAGCGUGGUAAUUCGUGCUAUGAUACCGUUGAUCUAUGAUUUUGGUGGA